AUGGAUCCUAUUCCCGUUGUUGUCAAACAUCAGGGUAAACGGUACGAAGUAGAGCUUGACCCGAGUUCAAAUGGCGAGACUUUCAAGUUCCAGCUAUAUUCUUUAACGGGCGUGGAGCCUGAGCGGCAGAAAAUACUAGUCAAGGGAGGCCAGCUGAAAGAUGACACCCUCCUCUCUUCUCUCAAUGCCAAAGCAGGCCAGACGUUCAUGAUGAUGGGUACCCCAGCCAACGGAGAGUCCAAUCUAGCAUUGAGGAAACCGAAGGAAGCAAUUAAGUUCUUGGAAGACAUGACUGAAGCUGAGGUCGCAAAGGCUGAUGGUGCUACGCCGGCUGGACUUCAAAACCUGGGAAACACAUGUUAUCUAAACUCCACGUUGCAGACCUUGCGCCUCAUUCCUGAACUUCAGGAAGAGCUACAAAGAUACAAACCUACCACACAAGGUAACUCGAGCCUGUUUGGUUCAGGCUCCCUUGAUCUCACGGCUUCACUCCGAGAUUUGUACAAGCAAAUGUCGGAAACCCAGCAAGGGUUUCCUCCAAUGAUGUUUCUAAAUGCCCUCCGCACUGCCUUUCCGCAGUUUGCACAAAAAAGUAGGGAAGGGCAUGGCUAUGCACAGCAAGAUGCAGAGGAAGCUUGGUCCCAGAUUAUUUCACAGCUUCGUCAAAAACUUACGAUAAAGGAUACUUCUAAUGGGAAAGACGGGAAAGACAUUUCCUUUGUCGACAAGUACAUGUCAGGGACAGUCAACUCUCUUUUAGAGUGUGAUGAGCAGGCAGCUAAAGACAGUGGAGAGAUGGCUGUAGAAAGCUCGGAUGUUUUCUUCAAGCUUAAUUGCCAUAUCGACAAAGAUAUUAAUCAUCUCCAUGAUGGAAUUAUGGCAAGUUUGGAAGAGAAAAUCGAAAAGCACUCGCCUACUCUGGGCCGAGAUGCCACCUACACCAAGAAGACUCGAAUUUCGCGUCUUCCCAAAUACCUUACUGUUCAUUUUGUUCGUUUCUUCUGGAAACGCGAAUCGCAGAAAAAGGCCAAAAUUAUGCGAAAGGUCACCUUCCCCCAGGAGAUUGAUGUAGUCGACUUUUGCACAGAUGAAUUAAAGAAACAGCUCAUUCCCGUCAGAGAUAAAGUUCGCGAGAUCCGAAAGGACGAACAGGACAUGGAACGUGCGCGAAAACGCCAAAAGAUUGCCCAUAAACGUGAGGAAGAAGAGAAAAAAGAGGAGCGUGCAUCUGAGCCCCUGCAGAAGAAGAAAAUGACUGAGUCUGCAACCGAGGAGAACCAGGACAAAUCCGAGGAUAAAGAUGCUGCGCCAGAAGUUUUCAAAUCUGACGCCGAAUAUGAGGCUGAAAAGGCUGCUGCCCUUUUGCAGGCUAAGAAAGAGCUCUUCUCUCUCAUCCAUGAAGAUCUUGCAAAAGAUGAAAGCACAAAUAAAUGUGGCCUUUACGAACUACGGGGUAUUAUCACCCAUCAGGGGGCUAGCGCGGAUAGUGGUCACUACACUGCCUAUGUAAAGAAGCAGGGCAAAGUAGUGGAUGGCAAGAGACGUGAGGAAGAUGGAAAUUGGUGGUGGUUCAAUGACGAGAAGGUCUCGGAGGUUCCUGCAGAGAAGAUUGAAACCUUGUCUGGGGGUGGUGAAUCGCAUUCCGCCCUGAUCCUUCUUUACAGGGCCAUUGACUUGCCUACUGCGGAUAUUCUUAAUGAGUGA